CGACAUUCUCUACCGACGCCAUUAACCUCAUCAAGACUCGGAAAUUCCGCCAAGAUGAGGGGGAAAAGGAGCAAACAGUACCGGAAGCUUAUGACCCAGUACUCCCAGAUCUGGGGCUUUCGGGAACCAUACCAAUGUCUCAUUGAUGCCGAGAUGGUGGCCGACUGCCACAAGCACAAGUACGACCUCAUCGCGGGAUUGAAACGGACGCUGCACGGCGAAAUCAAGCCAAUGAUUUCCCAAUGUGAAAUCCGGAAGCUCUACGCACGCAAAUCGGAACCCGACAUGGACCAGACCAUAGAAUUCGCGAAGACAUUGGAACGGCGGCGUUGCGGUCACCUGCCCGAAGACUAUCCAGAACCUCUCUCCACGGCCGAAUGCUUCCGGGCGGUGGUGGACCCCAAGGGCAACAGCGUCAACAAACACAAGCUCGUUUCCGUGUGCCAGGACGAGAACGUGCGGAGAAUGUUGCGGGGCAUUCCGGGAGUGCCGCAGAUUUACUUCAAGCGGAGCGUCAUGAUCAUGGAGCCCAUGGCGAGCGAGAGUGUCGCGAUCAGAGAGCGGGAGGAGAAGGCGAAGUACAGGGCAGGGUUGAAGGGGCCGGCACCCGGACGGGGCGUAAAGAGGAAGAGGCCGGAGAACGACGGCGAGGAGGACGCGGAGGGAGCCAAAGGUGCGGGACCUGCUGGAUCGAUGACGAGCACUACGCCCGAGAUGAAGAAAAAGAAGAAGGGAAAUGGCCCCAAAGGCCCGAACCCUCUGGCUGCCAUGAAGAAAAAGAAACCGGUUGAUGCUGGAAAAGCGACGGGCACAUCGCCAGCGAAGCCGACAGGCGAGGAAACCCCGGCGAAGAAGAAGCGGAAGAGGAAGCAUAAAUCUGGAUCUGGCGAAGGGGAGCAGCCGGCAGGAACUGCACGGACAGCUGUGGGGACGGAAGGUGAAAGUUGACAGAGCUCGAAUCUGAUUUCUCUGGGCAUUUCAGGACGAGUUUUGUCGAAGGAUGAGCGACUGUAAUGAGAUACCAAUAAUAUGGCUGCAACUCUGCGCCUUCGUUCUUUCUUUGUCCAUGUGACUACAAGGCCGGCGCUUGAAGAGAUCUGUAUGCGCAGAGCUGGAACGAGAGAUGAGAGACUGCCUUCUGGGAUUUCUCCCGGUCUCGCCAUCCUACACCUUAUUUUUGACUGGAGUCUAAAUUCAGAAAACGCCAUCACAAUCCCAAUGUAGUGUCUUUCACCC